AUGAAGCUGCGGCACCUGCCUCUCCCCGGCUGCUUCCUGCUGACCCUGCUGGGCCUCUGGAGAGCUGCCCCUAAGGUUCACGCUUUGUCCCAGGGCACGCCAGCCAUCACUGCUGCCUCCUUCCUGCAGGACCUGAUGCAUCGCUAUGGUGAGAGGGACAGCCUCACUCUGCAGCAGCUGAAGAACCUUCUCAACCACCUAGAUGUGGGGGUGGGCCGGGAUAACGUCACACAGCCCGGCCAAGAGCAGAGGAACCUCUCGCAGUGCUUCAGUUCCAGAGACCUCUUUGCUGUGCACAAUUUUAGCGACCAGUCCCAGAUUGGGAGGAGGGAGUUCCAGGAGUUCUGCCCCACCAUCCUGCAGCAGCUGGAUUCUAAGGCCUGCACCGCCGAGAAUCAGGAAAACGAGGAGAAUGAGCAGACAGAAGAGGGGAAGCCAAGCGCCAUUGAAGUGUGGGGAUACGGUCUCCUGUGUGUGACCGUCAUCUCACUCUGCUCCCUCAUGGGGGCCAGCGUGGUGCCCUUCAUGAAGAAGACUUUUUACAAGAGACUGCUGCUCUACUUCAUAGCUCUGGCGAUUGGAACCCUCUACUCCAACGCCCUCUUCCAGCUCAUCCCCGAGGCUUUUGGUUUCAACCCUAUGGAAAGCUAUUAUGUCUCAAAGUCUGCAGUGGUGUUUGGGGGCUUUUAUCUUUUCUUUUUCACAGAGAAGAUCCUGAAGAUGCUUCUUAAAAAGAAAAAUGAGCAUCACCACGGGCAUAGCCAUUAUGCCUCGGAGACCCUUCCUUCCAAGAAGGACCAGGAGGAGGGUGUGACAGAGAAACUGCAGAAUGGGGAUCUGGAUCAUAUGAUUCCUCAGCACCGGAACAGCGAGCUGGAUGGCAAGGCCCCAGUGAUGGAUGAGAAGGUCAUUGUGGGCUCACUCUCUGUCCAGGACCUUCAGGCUUCCCAGAGUGCGUGUUCCUGGCUAAAAGGAGUCCGCUACUCUGAUAUUGGUACUCUGGCCUGGAUGAUCACCCUGAGUGAUGGCCUCCACAAUUUUAUUGAUGGGCUGGCCAUCGGCGCCUCCUUCACCGUGUCUGUGUUCCAAGGCAUCAGCACGUCCGUGGCCAUCCUCUGCGAGGAAUUUCCACAUGAGUUAGGUGACUUUGUAAUCCUGCUCAAUGCCGGCAUGAGCAUCCAGCAAGCUCUCUUCUUCAACUUCCUUUCUGCCUGCUGCUGUUACGUGGGCCUGGCAUUUGGGAUCCUGGCUGGCAGCCACUUCUCUGCCAACUGGAUCUUUGCACUGGCCGGAGGAAUGUUCUUGUACAUUGCUCUGGCUGAUAUGUUCCCUGAGAUGAACGAGGUGAGCCAAGAGGAUGAGAGGAAGGACAGUUUCCUCAUCCCCUUUGUCAUCCAGAACCUGGGCCUCCUGACUGGAUUCACCAUCAUGCUCUUGCUCACUAUGUAUUCAGGGCAGAUCCAGAUUGGGUAG